AACAGGAUACAAAACCUUUGACAUCCACUGAGAGAGAAGCAUUAAGAAGUUCAUAGGGUUACUGAGAAUGCUGGAAUACAUCUUCAACUACCGCAAUGCUUCCACUGGUUGCUGACAGAGUUUCGGAGAAGAGACGACUCUUGAGAGACGACAUUUGAAGAUUCCAUCUGGUUUGGUUUCAGUUUCACUCAGAAAUGGCUGCUCAGGCAAACCAGGCUGAGAUGGAUUUUUCUUGUCCAAUCUGUACAGAAAUCUUUAAAAAUCCUGUUUUGCUGUCGUGUAGCCACAGCUUCUGCAAAGACUGUCUGCUAAAGUGGUGGUCAGAGAAACCGUAUAAUGAGUGUCCACUUUGUAAAAGAAGGUCUUCAAAGAGUGACCCACCAUGUAACUUGGCAUUAAAGAACCUGUGUGAAGCAUUCACUCAGAAGCUGUUUCUAGAAGAGACUGAGAGAUCUGAGAGGUCUGAGUCUCUGUGUAGUCUGCACUCAGAGAAACUGAAACUCUUCUGUCUGGACCAUAUGCAGCCAGUGUGUAUCGUCUGCCGAGACUCAACAGUGCAUGCAAACCACAGCUUCAGACCCAUCGAUGAAAUUGCGCAAGAUUACAAGGAAUGGCUCAGGAGCACUCUGAAACCCUUGCAGGACAAACUGGAGCACCUGAAUCAAUUUAAAGUUGUCUGGGAAAAAACAGCAGAACACUUAAUAACUCAGGCCCAAACGACUGAGAGGCAGAUUAAGGAGCAGUUUGAGAGGCUUCACCAGUUUCUAGAGGAGGAAGAGGAGGCCAGGAUCACUGCACUGUGGGAGGAAGGAGUGCAGAAGAAUGAGAUGAUAAAGGACAAGCUGGAUGCUCUGAACAGAGAGACAGCAGCUCUUUCAGACACAGUGAAAGCCACCGAGGAGGAACUGAGAGCUGAAGACAUCUCAUUUCUGCACAACUACAAGGCUGCAGUGGACAGAGUCCAGCAGCGCCCCCUGCUGGAGGAGCCACAGCUGGGUCCAGGAGCUCUGAUAGAUGUGGCCAAACACCUGGGCAACCUGACCUUCAACAUCUGGAACAAGAUGAAGGACAUAGUCUCCUACACUCCUGUGAUCCUGGACCCAAACACUGCGCAUCCAGAACUCAUCGUGUCUGAAGAUCUGACCAGUGUGAGAUGUGUAAAGACUGAGAGAGAGAAACAGCUUCCGAAAAAUCCAGAAAGAUUUGAACACUACACCACAGUCCUGGGCUCCGAGGGGUUUAACUCAGGGAUUCAGACCUGGGAUGUUGAACUUGAGUGUGUUAAAACUGGUACAGACUGGUCUGUGGGUGUGGCAGCAGAGUCUGUCCCAAGAAAAGGAGAGAUUCUGAGGGGAUACUGGGAAAUAUGGUUCCGGGGUGGUAAAUAUACAGCAUACUCUCCAUCAGUUACAGAUAUGGUUCUCUCUGUGACGAGGCCACUCCAAAGGAUCAGAAUGUGUCUGGACUGGAGAAGAGGAAAGCUGUCAUUUUCUGAUCCAUACACUGGAACACACAUUUACACUUUCAAACACACUUUCACUGACAAGCUUUUUCCAUACAUUAGCACUCUAAGUACAGUUCCUCUGAAGAUACAAACGGUGAACAUCUCUACACAGCUGGAGAUGUAGAUCAUGGUUAUUAGGAUAAUUCAGAUGAUGAUAAUAAUAAGAUGACUGAUAUAUAGACAUCUGAUAUGUUGAGUUGCAGCAUAAACCUCAACUUUCCGGGUUUGACCCAACACUGUCGCCUGCUGUGACAGCUCUUUCUGGGUUAGCCGGUUAGCUCUGGUUGAAUUCAGCUGAUACAGCAAGGCCGUCUCCACCUCUCCCGAGCUGUGGGCUUCUCUCCUUACGGCAAAACAUUUAACAUAUGGAUUUAAUUUUAAAUGUUUUUAUUUAGUGGUGACAUUAUCUUGAACAUAUUUCUCAUGAAAGAAUAAAUCUGACAAAGUUCACAAAUAUUGCUCUAAAUGUGAUUAAAAAGUGACUUCGAAAAAUUCAUACCUUUUUUAAAUGAUCUUUUAGAGUGUAAUGUGGAGAAAUGUUGCUGUUACUUUCAGGGUGCACAACUUUACAAUCAUGGCCCCCUAGGUCGAACUCUCGACAAUUGAGUGCAAAGUAUUAAAAUUCUAUUUAUUGUGUUAUAAAUAUGCAUAGUGACUGCCCUCUAAAGGUUGAAACCUGCUAAUGCAACUGCAUUUUGCCAUUGGCUGAUCCUGGUAGUAUAUCUAAGUCCCCUGUCUCCGCCUUCUCACCAACCGUUCCCAUUUAUUUUGUGCGUGCAAGAGGCAGGGAGGUGCUGUGGAUUGAGAGGCUGUGUGAUCAGGUGACUGGGCAUGUCCUAGGCCCCCUUCCCAGCCCAGCUCAUAUUUGAUCCUCAUUUUCACAUUACAGGGAGAAGGUUUUUUCCUCUAGAGCCAUCAUCAGGUCACACUGAAGUUGUUUUUUGGUAUUUUGACACAUACCUGCAUUACUAACAAGAUUAGCCUCAGCUGUACUAUGUGUUUAGUCCUAAUUAGCAACUGUUUGCCUGCUAACAUGCUACACAAAGAGUGAACAUGGUAAAUAUUAAA